AUACAACCCACCAUUUGUUCUCUUCACAUUUAUAACAUGCCCACACCAUCUCCUCAAGGGUUUUUAUAACCCCAUUUGCGCGGUUUAGAAAGAAAACAAAAUGUCGUUAUAUUGGCGGUUUGGGGUGUUUCUAAUGCUAUGUAUGAUGCCUCAAAUUUCACUCAGCACAGUUGUGUCAACUGGGGAUUUCAACAAGGACUUUUUUGUUACAUGGUCACCCAACCAUGUCAAUACCUCUUCUGAUGGAAAAGAAAGAACCUUGAUUCUUGAUAAGGAUUCAGGCUCUGGGUUUGCUUCAAAUGAUAUGUUCCUGUUUGGACAGUUUGACAUGAAAAUCAAGCUAGUCCCUGGCCACUCUGCUGGCACUGUCGUCGCAUUUUACCUAACGUCUGAUCAACCAAACCGUGAUGAGAUAGACUUCGAGUUUCUUGGGAAUGUGAGUGGGCAGCCUUACAUUCUUCAGACCAAUGUCUUUGCCGAUGGUUUUGACGACAGAGAAGAAAGAAUCUAUCUCUGGUUUGACCCAACCGAAGAUUUCCACACAUAUUCUGUUCUUUGGAAUGUUUACCAAAUUGUGUUCAUGGUAGAUUGGGUACCAAUCAGGACAUACAGAAACCACGCGGACAAAGGGGUGGCGUUUCCCACGUGGCAGCCAAUGGGGAUGAAAGUCAGUCUAUGGAACGGUGACAGCUGGGCGACACGUGGCGGUAAGGACAAGGUUGACUGGUCAAAAGGUCCGUUUGUGACCUCAUUCAGAGACCAUAAGUUUGAUGCUUGUGUAUGGAAAGGCAAUGCAAGACAGUGUGGGGUACAAAGCCCUGGAAAUUGGUGGAAUAAUGAUAGGUUCAAUUCCUUAACAUGGGCACAAAGAAGGCUAUUCAAAUGGGUGAGGAAAUAUCAUCUUAUUUAUGACUAUUGUCAAGAUAACAAGAGAUUCCUAAACAAAAUGCCCAAGGAAUGCACUCUUCCAAAGUACUGAUCAGAAACCGCCAAUAAAUUUCCAAAUCUAAAUUCAUAUUCGGACGAGGAAUCUGAGAGAAAAUGUGUUUCCAUUUGUCCUGUCGGUUUUGGAUGGUGGGAUGAUUGUUACUUUUCUAGAAGAUGUAUACCUGUUUUUACAAACAUGCUAUAAGAAAAUAUUUCCUUCCUAAUGACUUUCCA